AUGUAUGAGUAUAUAGAUUAUAAAAAAUGGCUUCUAAUGCAAACCUAUGUUCUUACUGUAGAACUUAUAUUAAAUGAUGAAGAACUUCAAAUUUUGACAUUACUUGAAGUUGAAAAGAUAUUACAAACAAAUCUACGUACUUUGAAGGAUUUUCGUCCGAUUCCAUAUCCUAAUGGGUAUGUUUUGGAACAACUUGGUAAUCGGUUGAUUUACGACGAACGAAAUUACAAUGUAUCUGCACUUAAAACCGAAUUUGCAAAUAUGUUUGCAUCACAGAAUUCUGUUUGCAACAUUGAACCAAAGGAUGAUCUUGCAGAAAUGCUGAGACAAACACAAUUGAUAAUUUGGGAUGAGGGUCUCAUGACUCACAAACAUUGUUUUGAGUCCCUUGAUAGGACACUAAGAGACAUUAUGGAUAAUCAUCCUAAUUCAAAUUCCAUCUUUAGUGGUAAAGUCAUUGUUUUUGGAGGUGAUUUUAGACAAAUUCUUCCUGUUGUACCAAGAGGAACCAGUUCAAAUAUUGUACACGGUUCAUUGAAUGUUUCUUACAUUUGGAAUGAUUGUGAGGUACUUACACUUACAAGAAAUAUGAAACUUCAAAGUGGUUCAAACCCAACUGAAUGUCUUGAAAUUGAACAAUUUUUAAAAUGGUUGCUCAAUAUUGGGGAGGGAAAAGUUUCAGAACCUAAUGAUGGAUAUGUUAAGUUUGAUAUUACUUCUGAAAUCUUAAUAUCAAGUUUCAAUGAUCCAAUUAAGGCAAUUAUGGAGAGUACUUAUCUGAGUUUUAUGGAUAACUACCACUCGUAUGAUUAUCUCAAAAGUCGAGAUAUUCUAGCAGCAAAAAUUGAAAUUGUUGAUCAAAUCAAUGAACAUGUGCUUGCUCUAAUGUCAGGUGAGGCAAGAGACUACUACAACUCUAACUUAAUAGAUAGAUCUUAA